CGUCCCUGAUGCCGCCGAGGUCACACGCGCGAGGCUGCUCUGCCACCGCUGAGACGCGUUACGUUGCCUCCUACUUGUUGGCCACCCUCGGGGGCAAUUCCUCCCCCAGCGCCAAGGACAUCAAAAAGAUCCUGGACAGCGUGGGCAUCGAGGCAGACGACGACCAACUCAACAAGGUCAUCAGUGAGCUCAACGGAAAGAACAUUGAGGACGUCACUGCCCAGGGUAUCGACAAGCUGGCCAGUGUGCCCGCGGCCGGGGCUGUGGCCGUCUCUGCUGCCCCAGGAUCCGCAGCACCUGUUGUGGGUUCUGCUCCAGCCGCAGCAGAGAAGAAGGAGGAGAAGAAGGAAGAGUCGGAGGAGUCAGAUGACGACAUGGACUUUGGCUUGUUCGACUAGAGUCCCGCUUCCCUGCAAAUAAAACCCUUUUUAUG